AUGUCGUUUGCAAACUACGGCGAAGGGAUUGGAGAGCCAUGGGCUACACCAGAACCCUCGGCUGCUCCAGAACCGAGCGUUGAAUCUGCUCUCGAGAAGGAGAAGAUUCUCAAAGAUAUUUUGACUUUGAGGGACGGUCUGAGAGGGCUUAUGGUCAGGGUGUCGGAGGUGGAGGGAGAGAAUGACAAGUUGGCCCAGGAGAACGAGACCCUCAGUCUAUACGUGGAGAACCUAACUCGAAACUCUGUCGUUGCCGCGGGCAACCAAAAGUGA